CCUGCCCCACCGCAGAUGGAGCCUGGCCGCAGCCAGGGGAGGCCGCGCGUGCAACUCGUUUAUGUCAACAGCUUCGGCUCCCACCGCUGCGGCUCCAUCAUCCGCUAUGGCAGGGGCUGCCGGCAGGCCGAGGCGGGCCCGGCUGGGCCCCGGCUUUCCCAGCUCAGCCCCGCGGGGGAGGCUGGGGGCCAGAGGGCCGCCCUGGUGCCACGGGACAAGGCCGGCCCCGGGCCGUCUGCCGCUGGUGGCAGGGCGCAGGCGGUGGGGAGCUGUGGCGUGGUGAAGCCUGUCAGCCGCCAUCAUGGUGACCUUCGACAGGAUAAGGCUGACACCUUUGACUUUCCCUUCCCUUCAAGAAAUGUUGAUAAAGUAAUUAAACGAAAGAAGCAAAAGUCCGAAGUCUGGCUUAAGGUCUGGAAAGUAAUUUCAAAAAUGCUUGAAGAAAAUGAAAAGUUCAGAAGUCGACUCUUGACUUGCAGUCAGUUUAACGGAGAAGGCAAUGAUAUGAACCAAAGUUCACAGAAUGAGGCAUCCUACCUGGACAGGGAGGAGUCCAUCUUUGGCUGGGUGUAG